GCAAGACGGUCGUUGCUUCCUUCUUUUCCUUCCACGUGUAGUGCUUUUGAAUUCAAAAGUUUUGAUUUUUCUUUUCUUGUAACUUAUUCCGCCUAUUUACAACAAUUAAGUAACCAUUUCAGUGACUAAACCGAACCAGCACAAAAAUGCUGAAAUCAAUUAUUGCCUCAGCAUUAUUUGCCAUCUGUUGGGCAGCAAAUGACCGUUCAUGGACCACUGAUGAAGGUGUCAAGAUUGAAAUUAUCAAGAAAAUUGGAGACUCAAAAUGCAAAAUCAAAUCCGAGUCUGGAGAUCAAUUGGAGCAAUUUUACAAGCUUUCCGACAAGGAAGGUAAGGUGAUUGGAAGCAACUUUGGCCAAAAGCCGUACACUUUCACUCUUGGAAAAGGCGAGGUGAUUCAUGGAAUGGAAAUUGCAAUGGAGGGAAUGUGUGUCGGCGAACAGCGAAAAGUGAUCAUUCCACCAGAGCAAGGAUUCGACGAAGAUGGAGAUGAAGUAGAAGGAAAAGGAGAAACUCUAUACUACUUCGUCGAGCUGAAAUCAAUCUUCCGUCCAAAACCCGGAGCCAAGUGGAUCACUGAUGAAGGAGUUCACAUUCACAUUACUCACGAGGUAGAGGGAUGCACCGAAAAGGCUCAAGCCGGAGAUACACUUCAUCAACAGUACACACUAAAUCUCGAGGAUGGAUCUUUCAUCGAUUCGAGCUGGAGCCGCAAUCGUCCAUUUAUCUUCAAAAUGGGCUCCGGACAAGUUAUCAAGGGAAUGGACAUUGCCAUGGAAGGAAUGUGUCAGGGAGAGAAGAGAAAAGUUGUUAUUCCACCAGAGCUCGCUUAUGGAGAAAAUGGAAGACCUCCAGCAAUUCCAGGAAACUCGUACCUUCACUUCGAUCUCUCACUUGAGAAACUUGUCAGACCAGGAAAAGAGGAACUCUAGAUUAACUGAAAAUCCCAACUUUCAUGAAUUUCUAACUUAUUUUUAAUAGAACAAUAAAUUUGUAUUAAAAUGAAUAAAAGAAAAAGUACAC